AUGGCGUCAGUGGUCCAUAGCGACCGCCACUCGCCCCCGGUAGGCGCCGUUGUCGCCUACGAACGGCUCGAGCACGACAACGGCGCGACGUGGGGGUGGGCGCUUGGCACGAUUCAGGAACGUGUCGACGAGCACCGCUGCGUCAUUCGCCGCUGGGACCGUGAGGCAUGGAGCGAUGGCUCCAUAGACGGUAGUCAGCACACCAUUACUGCUGUCAUGCACGAGCUGCAGCGAGUAAACAACCGGAUGCGGGCCUCGCAGCACCGCCUCUUUGAUGCCGAGAGGAGCAUUAUUCGGCGGAGCUCCGAUUUCAACAACGGCAGUAGCACCAGCUCUAAUAAUAGCAGCAGCAACGACUGCAACAUGAACGGAACCGAUGCCUGGGUGCAAGGCUGCGCCAGUCUCCCAGAAGAAGUGGUGAUCUGCAUCCACGAGAUGAAGCACUGCCGUGACAAGUCAAAAAGUCUCAGUGAUGAGCUUAACCGUCUAAGGAAUUCUCCCUCUGUGGUCCCAAGCGUGAUGUGUUUCACACGACGCUGCGGUGAGGAGGAGACCAUCCUUAGCUCCUCCAUCAUCAAGGCUCUGGCCGUGGACGUGGUCGCCCCUACCUGCGUCAUCACGGAGGAGGAGGCAGCGUCCAUUAAAGCAGGGGCGGAUACUUCCCGCCUGGAGCUGCAGCAGCAUCUUGGGCUGUUCAGUGAACGCCUCUGCGGCGUGACAGCGGAACUGCACUGCCUCCAGACGUACAACGAGGAACUUGAGGCGCGGAUGACGUUUUAUCAAGAUGCCUUGCUUGAGGCAGCUAAGGAGCGUACUCCAAGAGAGACGCCACACAUGCCCGCCGAGAGCAGCCUGGCCGCGGUCAAGCAGCUGCGGGAAAUGGCAGGCUGGGAUUGGGAGCAGCAGCACGGCUGUAGAUGGGUUACGACACGGCACACUAUUAAUUUCACCUGGGGCGGUUCCCACCUCCUGGUUGCGGAUAAGCCGGAAGAACUCCAGGCGACCCUCAAGAUGGAGGUGGCCAAUGGCCUCCGCGCCCCACCAAACUGUGUGGGCAAUGCGACGUUCCAAGUCUCUUCAGAAGGUCUGGCAGCCACAUUUGACGUGUUUCACCCCUCCAGUGUGCCCGGCAGUGUGGUUGAUGCGCAGCUUCGCGCCCACAGCUUUCCGUACCUCGAGCAUCUUCACCACAGCGCGGAGGGACCAAAGCAAGGACUUGAUCGUGCGAUUGAGGACGUGUGCCGCGUGCUGCGGAUCAGCGAGGGAAAGUACAAUGGUCUCCGCUUUAGUGAAUUCAUUGAGGAGCUGACGGACCUCAACAUGUUCGCCGACAAGGAUGCGUACGAGAGCGAGGUCGGCGAGUUGCUUAUGAUGCUGGACAAGCUCUACAGCGAAAACCGCACCCUGCAGCAUUCCCUUGUCAACUCCAAUGCCGAGGUUAGGAAGCUGACGGCCGAGGCGCAGCGCGAGCGCAAUUACCUGCAGGUGCGGACCUCCCACCUCCGUGAGGAGAUUGCCCGCCUCAACGACGUGAUAGCGAGGCUGCGGGAACUGGCAGACCGCCUGGAGAGUGAACUCCAACAGUAUAAGAUGCAGCACGCCCGCGCGCAACCCACACGCACUACCCGGCGCCUCCCCGAUAGGGAGCCCCACGACAACGAGUUGUACUGUAUCACACUUCAGGUGUACGAUGAAGAAAAAGAGCGUGCCACCAGACUGCAACACACGCUAGAGGAAGAAAAACAAAAAAACCAUGCAACGCUUCUUGAACUGCAGUCACAAAACCAGCAACUUGAAGCAAUGUCAGAGGCACAAGAAGGCAAGAUAAACAAAUUAGAGCUAGAACUUCGUGCAUUCAGGCAAAAACGUCAUGAUUCAAUCACAGCCAGAAGCAAGGAUGGAAUUCUUAGCCUUCACUCCUCGCAAGAAAUCACCACCGACCCUUCUUCAAACUCCGUACAUCCAGACGAUAUAGACCAGGAGCCACUCUUCAGCGUCACUUUAGACGAACUCAACGCAGUACGCAACACCAACGAGAAGCUAGCUGAGGAAGUUCUCGAGAAAGCAACACUACUUGACAAGUUGGCUGAAGAAAUGCUAGAAAAAGAGGCCGAAAAUCGAAAGCUGGCUGAGGACCUAGCAGAGAGGGAGGCUGAAAAUGAGAAGCUAGCCAAGGAACUCUUAGAGAGGGAUGUUUAUCUGGAGGGGUUGCAGACUGAUACCAGCAGGUCGUUGGGGGGUGUGGAGAGUCGCUGUCGUGCGCUGGAAGAGCUUGUGGCAGCAAGAGAUGCGGCUGCUGCGUUGGAGGUGGAUGUGCUGGAGGGCGAGCUGGCGGAAGCGCUUGUUCAGUUGAAGGUGGUAGAGAGUGAGAAUGCCGCCCUGCACGUAUUGCUUGGGGUCAAAAAUGCCGAGAUGGCGGAAGUAAACGAGGCAGCAUUGGGGAACGUGAGGGAGCUGGAGUCCCGUUUAGCCGCGGCAGAAGCUGAAGUGCGGGAGGAGCGCGGCAAGCAGGAGAAGCUGAUGAGCACGACGCAAGGAGCAUUACGUGCCAUGGGGGAG